CGCUGGAUGCUGCGGCGGCCGCCCGGGAGCAGCCGCGCUCCGCUCCCGGUCCCCCACCGCCGGUGCCGACCAGGGGCCGAGCUCGCCGGGAGCAGCAGCCCUCGGUCUCUGCUGCCGGGACCAGCGCGGCGCGGAGAUGGUGCCGCUGGUGCGGAGCGCCGGGGGCUCCCACCAGUGGCUGGCGAUCGCUUUCCUCGGCCUUUCCUGGUUCCUUGCUUCCGGGAGACUCGCUGCGCCGGGCGGAGACUUCCCCGGGGCUGCCGUGGACAAUCUGGUGGUCAGGAAAGGGGACACGGCGGUGCUUAGGUGUUACUUGGAAGAUGGAGCCUCCAAAGGUGCCUGGCUGAACCGGUCAAGCAUUAUCUUUGCUGGCAGUGACAAGUGGUCAGUGGAUCCCCGGGUUUCCAUCGCCACAGCCAACAGGAGGGAGUACAGCCUGCAGAUCCAGGACGUGGAUGUGACCGACGAUGGGCCCUACACUUGCUCUGUGCAGACCCAGCACACUCCCAGGACCAUGCAGGUGCACCUAACUGUGCAAGUGUCUCCCAAGAUAUUCCGCAUCUCCAGUGACAUCAAUGUGAACGAGGGCAGCAACGUGACCCUGGUGUGUCUGGCCACAGGGAAACCAGAGCCUUCCAUCUCCUGGAGGCACAUCUCCCCGUCUGCAAAGCCCUUUGAGAGCGGGCAGUACUUGGACAUCUAUGGAAUUACAAGAGACCAGGCGGGGGAAUACGAAUGCAGCGCAGAAAAUGACGUCUCAGUCCCAGAUGUGAAAAAAGUAAAAGUCACAGUAAGCUUUGCCCCCACAAUUCAGGAACUUAAAUCCAGCGGUGUGGUGCUUGGAGGGAACGGCCUGAUACGGUGCGAAGGUGCAGGAGUUCCUGCCCCGAUCUUUGAGUGGUACAAAGGAGAGAGGAAACUGAUCAAUGGUCAACAAGGAAUCACUAUUAAAAAUUAUAGUACAAGAUCACUUCUUACUGUUACCAAUGUGACAGAAGAGCACUUUGGCAACUAUACUUGUGUCGCUACCAACAAGCUAGGGACGACCAAUGCCAGCCUGCCUCUCAACCCUCCCAGUACAGCCCAGUAUGGGAUCACCGGUGAUGCCGAAGUCCUCUUCUCCUGCUGGUACCUUGUCUUGACACUGUCCUCCCUCAGUAGCAUAUUCUACCUGAAGAACAUCAUUCUGCACUAAAUGUAAAGACCCAUAAAAGGCUUUUAAGGAUUCCCUGAGAGUGCUGAUGACUGGCUCCAAUCUGGUAGAGUUUGUUAAAAGCAGCGUGGGAUAUAAUCAGCCGUGCUUACAUGGGGAUGAUCGCCUUCUGUAGAAUUGCUCAUUAUGUAAAUACUUUAAUUCCCCUCCUUUUUUUUUGAUUAGCUGCAUUACCUUGUGAAGCAGUACACAUUGUCCUUUUUUAAGACGUGAGAACUCUGAAAUUACUUUUAGAGGAUAUUAAUUGUGAUUUCAUGUUUGUAAUCGACAAGUUUUCAAAAGCAUUCAGUCAUGGUCUGCUGAGUUGCAGACUGUAGUUUACAAAAGAAAAAAGGAUAUUGCAGUAAAAAUGUGCUUCUUUAAGGCUGCAAUACAAACAUUCAGUUCCCUUCUUGACCACCAUUCUCUCCACAUUUACACAGAAGCAUUUGUUCUUUUUUGAGUAAAAAAAAAAAAAUCAAAUAAUAUUGCCUUCAAAGUACUUCUUCAAAAUAUUACACAUAUCUAGAUUUUCUUCUAGCAUGAUAUUCAGGUUUCAAGAAUGAGCCUUGUAUUAUAACUGCAUUGUGCAGUACUGCUUUUGUUCUCUUCCCUUUUUCCUGCAAAUUCAGCAUGGUUGUGCCUUCAUGAAACACGACUUUCCUCUUCCUCUCCAACAAAUCUGGAAUGUGUUUUGGGAAAUGCUAAAGCAUCCUUUUGAGCAUAAGAAAUCUCUAGCUGAGGAUGAAGGUGCUACAGGCUACAAGGAAAACCUCCUCUCCCAUCUCCAGGAGGUCCACGAGCUGCUCCAGACGCAGGGUUUAGGUCAAGGGUAGCACCAAGUCCUUUUUGUUUUUACCUCCACCACCACUAACCAGUAGGUGAUCUCUGUAAAAAUUAGUUUUCUCAUUACAAAACAGAACACAAAUUAUUUUGAGGCAUCUUUUGAAUGUAGGAAGGUUUCCUGUACUCAUCCUAAAUCCAAAUUCCUACAUGACUGUAAACAGCAGAAGCUGAAUUGUCCCCUUUUGUAUUACUGGCAAAACUGAUGGGAAUUGGUAUUUUUCUUGCACUUAAUUUUGUACUGGUUUGGCUAAUUUAGCAAUGAUAAAGGAUGCUUUUAAAUCUUAGAUAUCUGAAAAUACACAAAGUAUCAAACAGAAUUUUAUAUAUAUAUACAUAUAUCUAUUAAAAGGAGGUUGCUCCAGUAAUGGUACUGAAGUGCAUGUUGCCGUCCACGGUAGGAUCAUCCUUCCAGGCAGGACUUGUGCUCACACUGUGCAGGUCCCUCCCCCAGCAGGGCAGUCCCCCCACACCAUUUCCUAGUCCUGCAGCCCAUGAAGAUCAAGUUUCAAAACAGUGCAUAACAUUGCUUUUAUUUUUUAAAACCCCUGGACAGUGUUAACAUGAAAUGUGCUCACAGUUUACAUCUGAUUUCAAACUGCCAUCUGUGGGGCUUGCUGGGGCAUGACUGUGGCCAACAGUCCUUGAGUCCCAGAUGCCCUGGUGACCCCAAGAGGUCUUGACUUGCUCUCAAACAACUGUUCAUGACACGAAUAACAAAACCAUUAUCCCAGAAUCCCAGACUGGGUUGGGCUGGGAGGGACCUUAAAGCUCAUCCAGUCCCACCCCCUACCAUGGGCAGAGACACUUUCCACUAGACCAGGUUGUUCUAAGCCCUGUCCAACAUGGCCUUGGACACUACCAGGGGUGGGGCAGCCCCCACUUCUCACCAUGAUCAUUCCCAUGUUCUGUGUAUGAGCUCCAGUAGCAGACACAAACAUUACAGUACAACAUUAAUUCUCCUCACAGCAGGUUUUGGCAGAGAGCAGCACCAGCUGAGCCCUGGGUGUACUCAACAGUCCCAAAUUCAGCACAGAUAUCCCAUUUUUUCAUCAAGGAGGACUCUGAGUUUUGCUACACUCAAUAUCUGCUGUCCCAAUGUGCAGCCAGAAUAUGCAGUGAAUCUGUUGUAGUUGCUGGUAAAGGGCAUAAACAGAGGUGUGUUGACUCCAAAGAGAUGUCCUGGGUCACUUUGCAGGUUCAGUGACAGACCAAACUAUGUCUCGCAUUAUUUGCAGCUGUGUGCUAAGCAGUCACUAUUUUCAGAAAUGUGGCAUUUUUUAAAACCUGGAAUAACAUGACAAAAUCCAUUCUGUAAGGAAAGAGUACAAAUUCAACUCAAAUUAUAUUGUACACAACCCUGAUACUCUGAUCUCUAUUGUAUUGCAGCUUUAAAGUGCUCUAUUUUAGAAUCCAUUCACUAGAAACAGUGGUGCUGCAGGAAGAUUCGUGGCAGUACAGUUUGAUAAAGAAAAAAACAAGGAUAGGGAUAACUCAACCCAUAUGCCUCAUCUCUUGUGGAAUUGAGAGGUGGUUCUAUGCUGUGGCUGGAUCAGAUCCUGCAUUUUGGUGAUAUAUUGCAUUCCAGGGAUCCCUGAUAUCUGGAACCUGAUCUUUCCAGCAACAGAACAGAAUGAACAGCAGCUUUAUUAAAUAUGGAAACAUAAUACAUAGUUAAGUGUUGACUGUUUGCAUUCGGCCCAGGUAGAACCACUGGAUGACAGGUACAAGGUUUUUAGUCCUAUGUUUGAAUUUUCACUUUGGGGGGGACAUAAUUAUUGUCAGGUCAAAAAGAAGAAAAAAAAAAUCCAGCCAAAUUCCCAAAUAUCUUUAGGUGCCAAUGGCAUUCCUUAGGUGACACAGGGGUUGCUGUCUGAGGGAGCUGAGGGGGUGGGUGGAUGAGGCUGCUGGGAUGGGUGUCCUUAGGGUCUGUAGAGUUUAGUCUCCUGAAGGUGCUCUGAGACUCUGCAACCUCAAUUAUGGCUGGAUUGGAGCUGGAGGCAGAGUGGAUCAAAUAAAGACGCUUGGUUCUUGUUGAAUCCGUCCGUGCUGGAUGCUUGGUGAAUACCUGGUGAUUGUACAGGCUGGGACUUACCAGAGUGUUCUCUCAAAAUGGGCUGGGAUGCAAAUUGAACACAACAUUCCACAUUUUAGGAACUGUAGAAUGAGAGAAUGUUCUGGGUUGGAAGGAGCCUUAAAGCCCAUCUCGUUCCAACCCUGUAAUUUGUGGGGUGCACUUUAGCCAACUGUUUGAGUGUAUGUUCUUCAAAAUUCUGACCCAUAAUGUUCAUAUCUGUCGGGGAAAUCUUAUUAUAUUUAUUCCCACCUUUCAAAUGCAAAAAAUAAAUGGCUUAGCUGAAUGUUUAUAUCGAGGUUGUUGUCCACAUUGGAACCCCCAAAGUCUGGAAGUUCCUUCUUGUGCAGUAACUCGGGGCUGCCACCCCCAAGGCUCCGGGGCAGAGCAGUGGCGUUGCUGGUCGGGAAUGUGAUCCUAAUACUCAAUGAAAGGAUGUCUCAACAACUUCUGCAACAAAUGCAGUUUGUUCCUCAAGGGUUUAGAACUUGGCAGGAUCCAUCAGAGCUAGAUAGCUUUUUUUUAAACUGUUCAAUAGAUUUAUUUUUUUUUCCGAAUCGUUGCUGUUUUUAAGACACAGGAGUGUUAAAACCCAUCGCAGUGACAGCUGCUUUUUUGCACAUUUUCUGAGAAAGUGUUCUAGAUAGACAAUGGCAAAUGUUCUGUUACCAAAACCUCCACUGAGUCCACAGAACUGUGUUAUGAAGAAUGUGUAUACCAAAAUAUGUAUUUACAUGGAUAAACAAUAUGCCUUAAAGACUAAAUAUGCAUUUACUUCUAAGACUGGGUCAGAUUUGUGCCCAGUCUGGAGGUAAAUAAUCCAUAUUUCACAGCUGCCAUGGAAGGCUUUGUUUCUUUGGAGAAAAAAGGGGGGAGAAAAAGCAUUUCUUUUAUAAGAAUCUUAAAUAACUUUUAAAUUCUUGCAUAAACUGAUAUAUGUGAGGAAGUUUAGAAAAAGUAUGGAGUUUAGCCUGACACUUCAGCACUGGCAAUGCAGGGUUUGCUGUGGGGGCUGUGGUGCCACCCAAAACCUGGCACAUCCCCUUUGAUGUCCCCUUGUACACUCAACUCCCUCAGGUGGCCCUGAGCUGGGGCAGAGUGAGGGGCCUGGGUGCCCCCCCAAUCCUGCAGGGAUGGGGCCACCUCCCCACUCCAUGCUACUGCUGGCAACACAAAAUCCUUUAAAACAAGAAUAUGUUACAAAAAAAUAGAAUUUAAAAAAAAAAAAAAACCAGGAAUUAAAAAUUCUCCACUCAGCCUUAAUAUGGAGAGCAGAGAAGUCAGUAUUGGUGUGGGAGGGAAGAAUUUGCUUUGAAUUUGACCAGCCAUGAGCACGACCAUGGCAGGGGCAGGCCUGUGUUUGCUCCUUAUUUGUAUUCCUCUGUUGAGCUUUGAGGGCAAGGGAGGGGAUUUAUGCUGUAAUUGGCAAAGUCCAUAAUCUAACUGGAAACAGCCAGGCCAAGGCACUGGCACAGAGUCUGGGGAUGGUUUGUGAGGGAUUCUCAGUAAAUCCUGCUCCAAGAGUUCUGUCUGAGCAAGGGCACAGGAGGUUUUACAGGGGCACCUUCAGCGCUGAGCACGUACCUGUUUGUUCCUAUCCCCUUAUGCCUAAUUCAUGAAGAGCUCCAAGGUUCCUUUUUAUUAGAAAAUUCUCAUGUUAAAAAAUGCGGAGAUCAGCACAUUUGCCACUUCUCAUAAGCUUAGUUUUCAGUCAUUCAUAUUUCAGGGUGUAUUAAGCUUCCCCAUCACUGGGUAGGAUGAAAAUCUGCAUUACAGGAUGGGGAUUAGGGGGUGAUUCCCACCCACUCUGGCUGCUCUGUCUUUGUCUGGGAAGGAGCUCAGCGAGGCUGUGGGGUCUCUGAGGGGGAGCUACAAUGGGUGCACUUUAGUCCCCAGCCACUCUGCAGCCAUGGCACAGUGCUGGCUCCACAACUCCUGACUGCCAGAGUUAUCCGAGGUUUGGAGUCAAUUUAUGCCGAGAGCCAUCCCGGUGAUGGGAGAAAUGCAGGAAGGACUUUCUCCUUGGCUCCCUCCCUGCACAGCACUGGGUUCUUCCACACAGUGAACUUUGAAGCACCCACAAACACCCGUGAAAACCAGCACAGUUAACAGGGAUUUCCUUGCAAUCCCUCAGCGCCUCAGCCCCAGGCAGUGGGAGGCAGGUACACCUUGGUCCCCAGUAGCAGAAUAAAUUACACUUCUUCAGCAGCCAGAAUUUAAGGACAGGGAGGAGGGGACAGCAGAGUGCUGCUCCAGCCCCGACAGCCACAGGACUUUCCCCUCUUAUCAGCCAAAUAUUAGAGUCCUCAUUAUUCCUACCCUCUUCUUCUAUGCUGCCAGAUAACAAACUGCCUGUAAUGAUGAUGAAUAUUCUCCUCAGUAUCUAGAGGGGGAAAUCUGUUCUCUCCUAAUGCUCAUUCAUCCCUCUCUUUAUUAUUUUUCAGCCCAAACCAAAACACAAUUCGCACAUUACACACCACGAUUUAUGUGCAAUAACAUCAUUUUCCCACUUCUCAUCCCCAUUAGAGUCAGAAGCACAUCACUCCCAUUAACCUCCACGACAGCGACUUAAAUGUGAACCACAAGUGAGAAUAACCCUCCAAGAUGAGCUGGAACAGCAGCAGCCUUGUUUUCUGGUGGGUGGCUGAGGGUGAGAUGGCAGGGCCAGACUUCCCUCCCUCCAUUCUGUAUAUAUGUAUCCAGGUUUUUUAUAUAAAACAGGCUUUCCUCUCCUUCGGGGUGGUUAAUUCUGGCUGGGAGGUGCAGCCGUUCAGAUGUGUUUGAUAUUUUGGAUAUGUCAGUCCAGGUGGAGCCGUGGCACAGGCGGGAGAGCGAAAGGCAGUGGGAGCUGCAGGACAGGCUGGCUGUACCACUUGAGCCUAAUGAGACAGUUCCUGGCAGGAAUUUGGGCUCAGCAGAAACUGUGGGAGGCAGAUCAGUUCAUUAGGCUGUGAAAGCUUUAAAACCUUCAAGGAACUGGUUCUCCUCUCCCAUUUAAGUGAAUUGCUGAAAGCACUGAGUUGUUCUUCCACAGAACUUCGAAUUCACUGUUUCCUUCAUUAUCCUUGACCUUUUUACAUGUAUUACCGUAAGAAAAACCAAGUUAACUUUGGAGGAAACUACUGCAAAUUCACCUCCCCCCAACCUUUUAAAAACAGAGAGCCUGGGAGGCUGGGCCAGGGGAGCAAUGGGUCUAAUUUGCCACUAUAUUCUAUAUAAAGAGGAUUUAAUGUCUGCUUGCCAAAAAUUACAGAUCAUAAAUCCCUGUGACUCAUUUCUACAUGGCUUUUAGCAAGACAGGUGCACAAAUGCUCCCCACAUUUGUGUUAUGAGUAGCAGAAAGACAAAUGGUGUGAUGGGGCAAGACGCCUUCCCCUGUGCUGCUCCCAAAGCCUUGGUCCCUGUGUCUUGAUCCUCAUCUCUUGUUUCCCUUCUCUUAGCCCCCCUUUCUUGGUCCCCAUUUUUUGGUCCCUGUGUCUUGGUGCUUGUCUUGAUGCUCAUCUCAUGGUUCAUGUCUCUUGGUCUCCAUCUUUUGGUCCUCAUAUCUUGAUCCCUGUCUCUUGGUCUCCAUCACCUGGUGCCCUUCUCUCCCCAGCCACAGAGAAGGGGAAGGCAGGGGAGUGGGAGGAGGAGGCUGCAGUUCUCAGACUGAGCUCCCAACCCAUAACAUGGACCUUAAAGCCAGGACCAGGCAUCAGGCAAACAUCCACCAAAGACAACAGGGUGUCCUUCCUUGUGCACUGAGAUCUGAGCUCCCACCGUCUCUAACAAGAAGUGCUCUGAGUUCAACUCAAACAAACCCAAAAGUUCUGUGGCGUCCUUCUGACUUAGCCAAACUUCCCUACCCAAGCUGGACACAUGCACUCUGCCACCCUCGAGGGUGGGGUGUGGGGACAGUGCCCUUCCCUCAGCUGCAACAGGGCAGGGAUGGCUGAAGAGACACGGUGUGGAAAAGACACCUGAGUUUUUCCAGUCUAUCCAUUUUUGUCGUGGGAGCUUCAAUAAGUGUCUCGGUCUCUGUUUCAAUGCCUUAAGCACCUUUUUGCAAAAGGCUACGAUAUAAGAGGGUACAUUUAAGAAAUUAAUUUCCCAAAGUUAAUCAUGCUCAGCGACUCGGCUCCGGCACAGCCGCUCCCCUGGCAGCUGUGGCUCCUCAGGAAGCGCGACGGCGGCAGUGCAGUCAAGAGGCUCUGAGGAGUCUCCUGGCGUGGUAUUUCUCUCCAGAAGAUUGCAGAUAAGACACUUAAUUCUCCUGAAAAAAAUCAGCUAAGGGCUUUGACCUUCUGUUUGAAUGCAGAAUUAGCACUCCGGGAAAGGUUAAUGAACAGAAGGGAGUAGGGAAAUUUGCACUGAAAUACUCCUGAAAUGGGUUUAAACACGUGCAGGUCUCUGGGCAGGUCUGUGGCUGAAGGAACUGCUCCCCUUGUCCCCCAUGGCCACCAGAGAGGCAGCCUUCUCAGAGAGGGGAAAGGGAAAAGGAGGAGGAGGAUUUCCUUCCAGAGGAUGGGAAGGGACAGGGUUUCACUGCAGGUCUUGCCCAUGGGAGACUUGUCUUGGUUCUCAGCUGAGACCCCCACGGAGAACACGAGACCUUGUUCUGGGCAUUCAGAAUAUCUUCAUUUUCCUGACAAACUGAUCUUGAAUUACAAUUCAUUUCUUUGCUUCCUCAUGAAGCUGAUGCUCGUGCAAAGUAAUUAUUUUGCCAUAUGGUGAAAGGUGCAAUAAUUGCUGAUGGGCUCUUCCUCUCAGACUUGGCAUCUCAACCCCUUUAGCAAGGAUCUGCUUUAUGAGUGUUGAUUUGGCCAAUUCAGACAAAAAACAACCCAACCUUCCUCCCCCAUCUGCAAACUUUCUCAAUUUCUAAUUCUUCUCCCACCCAAAAAUCAUGGCACCACUGCUGUAAAUGACAAAUCAUAAUGGUAAAUACUUGGGUGAGUCCUCACAGGAAUGGCAAGAAUUAAGGCCACUAUAAUUUAAUAAUCACUUAUUGUGUUCAUAAUCUGUGUCAUCAGAGGUGUUUUACCUGUAUUUAAUGCUCAUGCUUUUAGCAAAACCUGGGAGUUGUGACAAGUGCUUUAAUACAUCAAUAGAUUACAAAUAUUGUGUGAAGAAAUCCUUUCUACAGGCUGAGGCAGAAAAGCAAAAUCAAAACUUAACCCAGUGGGUCGUGAUGCAGGUACAGCUCAGUACCAGGCCAGCGACUUCAUCAUGGAAUUAUAGACUGGUUUGGGUGGGAAGGGACCUCAAAGAUCAUCCUAGUGAUGAUGGCACCAGUGCCCUUCGAAGGGUUAAUAAAACGCAUAUUGGGAAAAAAAAACACAUUUGUCAUUUGUUAAAUGUCGAGAGACACCGUCUGAAGACAAAAGCCAAGGCUUGGAGGGAGCGAGCCAAGUCUGUGUGCAAUUAUCCCUUGAAAAUUCAAAAUAUUGUUAUUAAAACAACUCUCAGCUCCAAUUCUAGUGCAGUGAUCACACCCAGUGUAGAGACAUGUAAAGAAUAUACAUUUACUCUAUAGCAGGAUGUGUUUGCACUCCCAGUAUGGUAAUGGCUGCUCUCCUAGCACCAGGCAUCCUGCAAUCCCAAAUCCCUCAAACCCUUAAAAUCUCUCUAAACUGCCUACAAACCUCAAACCCCAAGGUUUGACUUGGUGACUAAGGGACAAAGAGCAACUCGCAUCAAAAAUGAGACUUAGGGAAUAUGCUGGGAAGCAUUAGGAUUGCCCUCAGCUCCUGUCCUCCACCUUUUCCAUGGGGGCAUCUUCCCCUUUUUUCCCUGCUCCAGGAUAAAUUCCUGGGAAAUAACAGAAAUAGCAUCCUGUUGGAGGGAACAUCCUGUAAAGGCAUAACAUCUGGAGCAGGAAAUAACAUCCAAAUGUCAAAUUCACAUUCAAGGAUGUAUAUCCCAUGCCACUGGAGGCUGGAAAUAGACCUGCUGAAGUGUCCCUCAGUGAUGGUGGAGCCCACCCACCUUCUUGCCCAUGCAGGGCUCUGUGGCAGCAGAGAAAACCCAUCCCAGUGUCCCUGCAAACCCAUCCCAGUGUCCUUGUAAACACGUCCCAGUGUCCCUGCAAACCCAUCCUGAUGUCUCUGCAAACAGCCCCUGCCGUGUCCCACCUCCCCCAGAGGAGGGUGAUGCUCUCAAAGACACAGCACCCAACUCUUAUCAAUAAUUUAUGCAAAUGCACUUAGCAAAGCGCUCCCGCAGAUGUUCUUAAUUAAACCAGCCCAGCCCGAGCCCACAUGAAGCAAUAACCCCAAAAUGCCUCCCUGCUCUCAUAUGUUCUGAACCACCGCUGCAGGAUACUCCAGGAAUAUUAUUUUUGUAAGAGUAAACCAUUUUCUAAAUAAGCCACCUGUUAAAUAAACACUCCCACUCUCCAAAUAUUGUUAUUUUGUUUUCCAGACUAUGCACAAUCUGGAUUUAUUUUAGAUGAAAAAAGAUAAUCACUAAAGCAGAAAACCCCCAAAAAACAGUAUUUUGACUAUUUACAACUAUCCAUCUUGUGUGCACAUCUGCUCCUUUGCAAGCUGGCAGAGCUCUUCCAUUAAAAGAGAUUCACAGUUCCUUAUUCAGCCGGGAGCUAAUGAAUUUCCUUCAUCAGGCCUCAGCACUCUUUCAUUUUUUUCAACUUCUUCAAGCCUUGAAUUGCUCCUCACUCCCCUGACUUCCCUUUCUGUAUCUUCUCAUAGGGACAAAUCCCCACUCAAGAUCACUUUAGCAAAUUUGCCACAGGAGUAAGGACAGAGUUUGUCUCCUGUUCCAUCAUACUUUAAAAGCCAAGCUCACCCUUGUCCCACCUCAGACCUGUCUGUACAAGAACAUCCUGCUGCACCACAGCCCCUGGAAACCAUGGAAUAGAAUAGAAUAGAAUAGAAUAGAAUAGAAUAGAAUAGAAUAGAAUAGAAUAGAAUAGAAUAGAAUAGAAUAGAAUAGAAUAGAAUAGAAUAGAAUAGAAUAGAAUAGAAUAGAAUAUUGCAGUUGGAAGGGACCCUACAACAAUUUACUCCAAGUACAGGAUGUUAAAAGCCAACACUGCCCUUAGAGCUGAUCCGUGGCCCCUUAUCUCCAUUGUGAUGAAUAAGCUAGGUCAGACAGAAUUGUGGAAUUGUUUAGGUUGGAAAAGCCCUCUCAGACCAUCGAGUCCAACUGUUCUCCACCACUGCCAAGGCCACCACUAACCCAUGUCCCCAGGUGCCACAUCCACACAGCUUUUAAAUCCCUCCAGGGAUGGGGAUUCCACCCCUGCCCUGGGCAGCCCCUUCCAAUGCCUGAACACCCUUUCCAUGAUGAAAUUUUCCCUCCUCCAAACUAAACCUUCCCUGGCAUGGCUUGAGGCCAUCUCCUCUUCUGCUGCCCCUGGUUCCCUGGGAGCAGAGCCUGACCCCCACCUGGCUCCACCCUCCAAGGAGCCACAAGCACCCACUGAGUGGUGUGUGCAGACAUUUACCAGGGAUUUUAAAUGACUUUAGGGAUUUUCUGUUCUCGUAUCUGAUCUUGUUGUCUCAAAUAAUUACUCAGCUCAGGCAGAGGUUUAGGGAUCCCUGGGGACAUCGUGCUCCUGCUGUACCUGCACAGAAAGCUUGGCUGACUUGGGGAGAGACUGUGCAGGCUCUUAUCCUGUGAGAAUAAUGGCACAUGAGAGCAGCCCCAUGGAAAUCUGACUGAUUGGCAGUAAAAGCUGGGAAGGUGAUCAUCUAAGUGCAUAAAACGUGGCCAUAAAGGCACUCUGGCAUUAUGAGCUCAGGAAAUUGCAGGCGUAGAACUGGCCUAAACUGCUUUUUCCAAUCAGCUCCAUUAUCCAUCCCCUGGUCUCUCUCACAAAGAGCCUUUGUGAGCACAGUUCUUUGGGGCUGUUUUACAUGUUCAUGUAUAUUUUCCUGCUCUUUGACACUCACCACCUAGCAGCUUGGCUCCAUAACCUGUAGUGGAUAUUUCUUCUGUGCCUUCCGAAUGAGGCAGUGGCAAAAUCCUCCAGGCAAGUCUCACACUGUCUUUAACAAGAACCCUUUCUUCACCCAGUUUUCACCCAGCUACAGGUUUACCUGCAUCUCUUAAACACUAAACCCCAUCAGCUCAUGAUAUUUUUCCAAAUGCUUUUAUACAUCUUGACUCUAAUGGAGAUUCUGAGCAAAUUUCACAAAGCCUGUGUUACCCAUUUCACCUCAAAUGCAGUUCAUGAAUUAAUGGUGUCUGUUAAUUGGGCUGCUAAUCCCUCUCCCAGAAAAAAAAAUUAAAAAACAACCCAAAAAAUAUCAUAAUGCUUCUCAUUUUUAGGUACCAUGUUGUAAACAUGUUAAAGAUACUUUAAUAAAUGAGAGGCUUUAAUUAGAGCAGAGCAAGUUCAGUAUAUUCAUAUACAUAUAAUAGAUAUAUGUAGGAUAAAUGAAGAAAGAGCUGGACCCUUUUAAGACAGACCCUUUCCUCAACUCUCCAUCUCAGCCUUUUCCACAAAGAAAUCCAGGAUUCGUUUCAUUCAAAGGAUAGACUUUAAAUUUCUAUACUCCUGUCAGGGCAGCAUUAAAUAUUAAAGCCAGAUAUUAAAAUUUCAAGGAACCUAAAUUAAACCUGAGGUAUUCAAAAAUAAGUGUCCCUGAAUAUUUCAUGGUAAAGAUUUUGUAAUUAACUUACUUCAGAAAUCUCUCAUAUGAAGAAAGUGAGGAGCUACCUAGUAAAAUGUGACCAUCCCAGCGACCUUCCAGAGGGCUGCUCUCCAUCCACUGAAGAAUUUAUGUUUCUUGGGCUCUGUGACAUCUCUAUGGCUUCCCAAGGAAGCCUUGCCAGCCCUUUGUCUUCUCCAGGCUGGAAAACCCCCAGAGCAUCCCAAGUGUCCCAUCCCUCAUGCAAUAAACAGACUUGUGUGUGGAACCAAAGGGGCCAGGACUCACCAGAGCAGUUCACCAACUUCAGAUUUAAUGAGACAACAAGGAGAUGUUAUUUAUGGCUCCUUUAACUUUGAAUGUCCUGUGAAAAACUCCUAGAUUUACUAAGGAGGAGGAGCAAAACAACUCAAAUCAGGACAGGGUUUGUAGCCUCUGUAAGCAGGAUUUCUUCCAUUAUUCAGAAGGACAGGCUGACAUCCAAGGAGCAAUUGCCCAUUAGUGUCCUCCAAAGAUCUUCCAGCUGGACCACUCUCAGUUUCCCACCAGCAUCAGAUUGUUUACAGCUAGCACUGAUAACAUCUGCUCCUGUCUGCACAGAAAGCUUUGGGAGAGAGCUGGCCCAAUAUUUCAGUGUCAGCAUGGGAAAGCAGCUAAAAAUACCCCAACAGAUAAUAUAACAAUUUCAAUGUGGGUGUCUGUCUGAGCUUGGGAAAUUAAUGCAUAUUAAAAUGGUCUGAGAAGAUGCAAAAAGAUAGUAACCAGCUCUAAAUCAACGCAGCAGCAGCAGCAGCGUAAGGGCAUCUCUUCCUCCCUUCACCCGAGUUCUUGGGGCUGUGAAACAACCCUGUUUAUAAUGCACUUCUUUGAAUUCAUUAUAUAAGAAUUAAAUUUGUUACUCUAAAGGCUCCAACCCAUGUGCCUUUUUGUAAAAGGAAAGUUGCUAUAAACCAAUGCUGUGCCAAAUUUUUACCUCUCUUGGAGAAUGUGAGUGCAGCAAAUAAAGCCAGUGAUGUACAGCACAGCUUGUACCAAACCAGAAGGCCCUGGGUGCUGUCCUAGGUAGCCAGCUGACAGUCUGUGCAUGUUAAGGCUGUGGACUAAGCCUGAGCUACUGUUUAAAACUGCAUAAUUAACCAUACAUAAUUAGCAAUACUCUCAAAGAAGCCAGUUCCUGGGAUCACCAGCACCAUUUGCUGCCUCUGCUCUGCCCACGUUUGCAGAUAAGGGGGAUCCUGCUAUUGAAAGUUCUUAUACCUGUGGAAAUCUAGUAGAGAUCAGUGUAAAUAGAAUAUGAGAAGUAAGUCAUUGCCUUCAAACACUGUGAAGAGGCUUAAAUGCCUUCCCAAAGGAGAAUAUUGGUCUAUGACAAUGGGCAAAAGAUAAAGAGCAGAUUCAAUGGUACAGACUGUAAUUUAAUAUUCACAGUUCAUCUAAUCAAAGUAAACACACCCUUUCAUAGGAACAUGUCGAAGUCAUUGAAUUAUUGUGGAAAAGGGAAAGAACUUAGUGAACUUAGUCAGUGGUGAUACAAAAUAAUUACCAACCUUCAGAAGUUACAAAGCAGGCUACUGGGGCUUGAAGCCAUCUGUGGAGGAGAUCAGCUCAGGGGACGCCUGGGAACAGGGGAACACCUCUGCCCACCGUGGGGCCACUGCUCCAACAGUACCUUGAGGACGUGAGACAAUUUUAGUUAUUUCUCCAGAACCUUCUCUAAUGCACUUUUCUCAUAAAAUGUCUUGUGACUUCCUUAGGAAAGCAUGGAAUCAUGGAAUGGGUUGGUUUGUGAGGCACCUUAAAACCCGUCCAGUUCCACCCCCUGCCAUGGGCAGGGACACAUUCCAGUGUCCCAGGCUGGUCCAAGCCCUGUCCAACCUGGCCUUGGACACUUUCAGGCGAUGGGGCAACCACAGCUUCCCUGGGCAACCUGUGCCAGGGUCCCACCCCCCUCACAGGGAAGGAUUUCUUCCUAAUAUGCCAAUAUCUAACCCUGCCCUCCCUCAGCUAAAAGCCAUUAUCAGAAGACAGAAUAAACCAGGGUCCCAGCAGGGUCAUUCCUGUUUGUCCCCAGUGCCAUCAUGGGAGCCUUGGCUCCAGUGCAGUGAUAUUGUGGGAGUGUUACAGAACAGGGCAGGGCCCUGGCAGGGACAGCACAGCACGAGGGACAGCAGUGACUCUGAUUUAUAUCUCAAGGGGAAUUAAUUCAUCGUUCACGCAGGACUUACCAUGGCAGCAAUAAAUCAGUUUGCCUGAUAAAGGCAGCGGCACUAAAGAAUUCUGAGAUCUUUUGCCAGACUGGAAAAUGCAGCCUCUGUCUUCCUUCCCUCCUCAGCCCUGCUCAGUGCUCACAGUGCUGCCUUUGGAAAGGGUCAGGGGCAGAAAACAGAGCAGAGAAAAACCUUGAAGGCAUCAUAGAAUAGAAUCACAGAAUAUCCUGAGUUGGAAGGAACCCACAAGGAUCAUCAAAGUCCAACUCCUGGACACCAGGUUCAUGCCACACUGCAACAAGUAACUGAAUUUAAUCCUUAAUUUUCCUAUGAUAGUUUCAAAACAGUGAGUUUAGAGUUUGCAGGCCAUGUUUAUACCAUUUUUCCUUCAUUCUCAGGUGGUGGGCAGCUGUGGUUUUAUUUUGCACCAAGUUCUUUCUCUAAUAUUCAUCCCCAGUCAUCAACAAAAUAAGUUAAUAGAUGUAGGCGACUGUAAUGACAGUAAAUGCUGUGUGGGAGGCACCAUCCAUGCUGCAUUGUCAGUUCCUGCAUGUGAAAUUAAAUAUCCUAUUCCAGGCAAAUGCUAAUAUAUUCCAGGAGCACUUUGCCAUAAACAAAUUUUUAAAAGGCAGUAGAAUAAAAAGGUGAUAUUAAUGAUAUAUUGAAAUAAUCUGGUGGGUGUGAGGUUAGGACUGGGUUUUUUCUGGAGAGUCUGUCUUCCUAUUGGCAUGAAAUGAUCUGAAUGAAAGAAACAUCCAGGGUCUCACCACUGCUGCCCAAAAAUGGUACAGUGGCAUCAACCCUCAUUUGUGAACAGGAUGUUCUCUUAUAAAUGGGCUUUGCUGUUGGAGCCAGAACCACGGGACACAUUACAGCCUGGCUUCUGCUGAAAAAUUAUGUGAAAGACAAAACAUAAAAUCAUCUCAGAAUACCAGAUUGGGUUGGAUUGGAAGGGACCUCAAAGACCAUCCCUUUCCACCCCUGCCAUGGGCAGGGACACCUUCCACUAUCCCAGGUUGCUCCAAGCCCUGUCCAACCUGGCCUUGGACACUUCCAGGAAUGGGGCAGCCACAGCUUCUCUGGGCAACCUGUGCCAGGGCACCCUCCCAGUGAACAAUUCCUUCCCAAUAUCCCAUCUAAAUCUCCCCUCCUUCAGCUAAAGGCCAGGUCUGGGCUCCUGUAGCGCAGGACAGAGCAUUCCCCUUAGGUUUAACAAGCACUGCCUGUCUUUGAGAGAUUGUAACUAUUGAUUAUUCCUCUGCCCUGAUGGACUUUGGAUUUUUCUCUCCUGUUUUACACAGCAGCAAUCAGGAAGCUGAGGAUACAACAGCAUAUUGAGCCCUGAGCAAAAACACCUCAGGUUCUGGUGCAUCUUGCUUAUAUUUUAAUUACUCCACUAAUACAGGGAGGAUUUUGCAAAGCAGUGCCCUGAAUAACACCUUGGUUUGGAGCCAUAUGUUCUUCAUUCCACAAAAUAUCUUUCGUUGGUGAUGCAGACCACAAGGCUUAGCACAUUUGCAUAUGAUAAGACAAUUUAAAAGAAUAAAUAAGCUCAGCAUUAAGCAGCCAACAUGACAAUAACACCUGAGUGAUGCAGCAGAGAUUAGAGCUAAAAAUAGCUUAGAACACCAAAAAUACUUGCAGACAAGUAAUAAAAGUGUGUUUUCAAGGUGAUUUAUUAGGAAUUAUGAAGCAGUCCUGGCUUUGUGCUGAGCUGUGAACAGUGAAAUUGGAAUAAACAAAAUAAUCUUGCUGUGUUAAUAACUUGCUCUAAACUCCCCAUAUGUAUCACACUCUUCCUGGUUGCCAAGUGAGGACCAUGACUUAAAGGAGAGAUUCUGUGUAAAAUCUUUAUCUAACUAGAAAGAGAAAUGAGUGAAGGUAGAGACACUGACCCUGCUCAUGGGAAUGGGGAGGAAAGUGCCAGGGUCUGCUCCAGGAGGUAAUUCCACUCCUCCAGGGCAGGACUUAGCCGCUCUGGGUUGGAGAGGGAUAAACGAGGCCAUGGCAUUGCUGGGGGUACCAUGGCAGUGCUGGGGAAGACACCUUUGGAAGGUAUUCUCAGAAUGUUCUGCCAGGGAAAAUAGACACGGUUUCCACAAUGAGGGGAAUUAAGAGCCAGUUCCACCUUGCCCAUUCGAGCUGAUCCCUGCCUGGAACACCACAGAGAGCCAAGGGGAACAUUGGCGACCUGGAGCUUCAGCAGCUCUCCAUGGAGCUCACAGGGGGCAAUGGCAGGGCCUGGCUUGUGGGUUUGAAAUAAAACAGAAUACAGGAAAUUAAAUGAAAUCAUAUAUAAAAUAAAAAUCUACAAUUACAUUAAAUUCAAUUACAUUAAAUUAAACAAACAAAACCCCCUCUCUGCCCAAGAUCCAUUUCAAUGUGCUGGUGGAAUUCCACACAUCACAUGGCCAAUGGCCAUUCGAUAUUUCAAAAGUGCUCACUCUCAUUUUAGAAUCAGAGUCACAGAAAGGUUUGAGUUGGGAGGGACCUCAAAGUUCAUCCAGUCCCAUCCCCUGCCAUGGACAGGGACACCUUCCACUAGAUCAGGUUGCUCCAAGCUCCACCCAAUCUUGAACAGCUUUUGCUUCACUUGCUGACCAUGCCACGCUCAGUGAUAGUCUUUCCAGUACCUCUUGGCCAGGAAAAUGAAGGAAAUGCCAGUCUCCAGCUCUGAGGGUUUCAGGGUGAAUUUGGAAGCGGAGAGCCUGGUUCAGAGAUCCUGUCCCCACCCCAAGGCUCUGUGGGGCACAUACACUGAGAGAGCCAUGUCACCAGGCUGGCUCUGAAUUGCACCUCUGUUCCAAAAUUCCCUUUCCUUGCCUUUUCUCUGCUCUGAGCCCAAAACUUUUGAAUCCUCAUUGUCUGGUUUGCCAAUUCCCAUCAGUGUUCUUUGUGCGGCAGCUCCCCAGGUCCCAGCGCUCAGUGACAUGUGGGAGCACACACAGCUACCAAUAAAUACAUCAACUAUGACAAGGGACUUUUAUAAGCAGCAGACUUUUAGGAAAGAGAAUAAAGCAUGCAUUAGAAAUCCUGUUAACAGUGUUUGCCAUUACUGCAAGAGGGAAAACAGCUUUCCCAGGGAUUUGAUUUCUUUUUUUCUUCCUAAUGAGCCCUGCUCUCUUCCCAUCACCAACAGACAAUGUUGAAUAUUAACAGUUACUCAGCAGUUAUCAGGUUUAGAUUUCUUCAUAAUGCCAGUGAUUCCAAUAACGUUGUUGCUCCACUCCUAUAUAAUUUCUGUGAUAAAUAUGGAUAGCAUUCAGCACCAAAGCUCACAGUUAUGCUGCAGAGGGACCAGGAAGGGUAUUUUGGUUAAUUCAGUCCUGUGCAGAUCAUGAAAAACUAUGUCAAAGCAUCAUCAAAGAGGGUUUUGCCAAAUAGUUGUUCCUCAAUUUUUUCAAUAACAAAAUCCAGUAUUUUUGAGGAUCUCCAGCAUCUCAAGCACAGAAUCACAGAAUCAGAGAAUUGUUAAAGUUGGAAAAACCCUCCAGGAUCAUUUGAGUCCAACCUGUGACCAAUCCCCACCUUGUCACCCAGCUCAGUGAGUGCCAUGGCCAGUCGUUCCUUGGACAUCUCCAGAGCUGGGGACUCCACCACCUCCCUGGGCAGCCCAUUCAUUCUGUGAAAAAACAGAUUUAAAUGUGUCACUGCAGGUGCUGCAGCUCCAUCUGCCCUCUGUGAACCACAGUCAAAUGGCAUCAGAAGGGGACAGGACAAGGACCAGCCCAGAUGUUUCCAGUUAAAACUGAAGGAGCAAAUUAUUCAAAAAGGUCUUAAUUAUUGCUACCCAUGCAAAAGAAACAGUAGAUGACAGGAUGAGUUCUGUGAGAGGCAGAGUAAAGCUCAUUUCUAGGACAGGAAAAAUUUAUUAUGAAUGUGUAUGAACACAGUAAAGCAGCUACAACCCUCUGAUUAUAUUUUUCUACCAAUCAGGUCUAAUAUAGAAUCAUAUAAUUCCAGAUUGUUUUGGAUUGGAAGGGACCUUAAAGCCCAUCCAGUCCCACCCCUUGCUAUGGGCAGGAACAAUCUUCCACUAUCCCAGGUUGCUUCAAGCCCCAUCUAACCUAGCCUUGGACACUUCCAAGGAUCAGGCAGCCACAGCUGCUUUGGACACAUAAGAAUGUGGUAUAUUUUGUACUACACCCAGGAAGAGGAGCAUUCUUGCAUCUGUUAAACUUAUUUGCAUGAGGGGUGAGGAUAUGGAGCUGAUAUUCCCGACUUAAUCUCCCUGUCAGCCUCUGAAAGCUUGAAAAGCUUGAGAGAUAAACCCCAAUCUGAGCAAUCACGCAGCAGCUCCCGAUUACACGGCUCAAAACACCCGAUCAAAGCACGUGUAUGAGCGAAGUCACUGCACUGUUAAUGCCUCCCUUUCAAAAAAUGCACCUGAGCGUGGCACCGACACAGGUCACAGAGGCAGAGCCCGUGUAAGCUCCAGGAGCUCCCACACAGCGCAUCACUGCAAACUGUUUUCUUCUGUGGCAAGUGCUAAUUCCUAAGGUAAUGAAUGGAUAUUGAAUGUACAGUGGGCUUGGUGUUCCAUCUCCCCAGUCCCUUCGUUUUGGCAGGUUUGAUGCGGGUGACCUUUCCUCGGCAGGGGUUUGCUGUUUAAUUACAAGCUGGGGGAGCUGGGCUGUGCAAUGGAAUCGCUCCGUAGCCAGCGCUCCCUGUAACAGGGGCUGCCUGCUGGGAGCCGGGCAGGGAUCACCCAGCAGGGCCCUUUCGAAAUCACUCAGCAGAAUUACAGUGCUGAUGGCAAAGCUACUUACGGGCAAACAGGGUCAGGGAGGCAUUAAAGAGGCACGAAGGGGAGCCUGGCAAUACCCACCCGCUCGGAACACAAAGCUUCCAUGGCAGGGCUGGUGCUGAAAGCAAACAUUUGUACAGCCCUUCACCCAUGGAAAUCCAAUCAGCGCUGGGGAAUUAGUGCUGGGGUGUAACGAGGGAUGAGGGGAUGGCUGGGAUGCAUGGGAUGAGCACCUGCCCGAGCAGCACUUCCUUUGUGUUCCAGUGGUCUCACUGCUUCCCUGCUCAGUGCUGUGCAGGCUCUGGGGUCCCCUGUGCCCCUCUGAUCCCCUGCAGGCAAAUCCCAGAGUGUCCUGGAGAUACCAUUUGACAGCCCAUGGUGCCGGUCCCCAGCACACUGACGGAGGGAAGAGUCACUUCCCAGUUAGUGCAGCACAACCAGUGAGAUUCCCAGGAGGAAGAGCCUGAGUAAAUUGAAACUGUUUAUUAAAAUGAGCCUCAAAAGAGAGAAAAACCAAACAGGAAGGACUCAGCAGGAAUCUGACCCCCUUUUUUUUCCUGGGACCCCAUUCAUAGAAUCAUUAAGAAUCACAGAAUCAUUAAGAAUAACAGAAUCAUUACGAUUGGAAAAGGCAUCCAAGAUCAAGUCCAACCAUUCCAUCAUACUGCCUUGGAAAUUCUAAAAGGGGGCUCAUUUUACAUAAGGUUGAUGAAUGAAAAUAAAUAUUUUCCAUUCAUUUUAAUCUCUUAAAUGUUAAAAAAUAAACCUUUUGCAGAAGACCAGUCUUCUUUUUGUUGCAGAGUAAAUGACUGAGGUGAAUCCUCAAGUAUAAAACAGUUUUUUCCAAAAGAAUGUUCUAAAUGGCACCUGCCAGGUUUGAUAUGUGUGAUGUAAGAACUAACAACCCACAAUAAUAAAAUGGUCUUAUUAAAAUAAAUACAAAAUCAGAGAGGUUUAAUGAAACACAGCCAAGUGCCCUCAGUGGCUUAAACAAAGCAAUCCCUGCCAGGAUUUGUACCACAGAAAGAGAGGGUUGGCCCAGGGUGUUUGCUUAUGAAUCUCCAUAUUCAUUCACAGUAAAUAUUGGACUUCCCUUCUCAUUUCAUAUGGAAAGUGAGCUGGAACAGUUACAUUAAAAUAUGUGAAAGAAUAAAAAUCAACCUACAAAUGGAGGUAUUUGACUGGUGUCCAAGGGCACAGUAAAAUAGGCAAGUUAAUACUGAGUAAUUACAAAGUGUUUCCACCAGUUGUGCUUACUGUGACACACUGGCGAACCAAAGCAAGGAGGGAGGCAUGGCAUGAAUAUAAACAACUACAAAUAUGCUCAUUUGUAUGAAGAAUAUCCCAUACACACACCUUAAAUGUAAAAGAAAUAAUUUUUAUAUACCUUCCCAAAGUAUAUAUAUAAUUUUUAUAUAAUUUCCCUCAGUUUAGUUAAGUAAAUUUAUUCUAAUUUUAUUAAUUGUCAGACUGAAAAAAACUCAACCACGAGAGGAAACUUAACAUCUGACUUAUAAUGAAUUUCAGGACUGUAAACAUUUAGCUUGAGGUAUUGGCAAAUAUCCCAAAUAAUGUUGUAUUUUAUUCCAGGACAAAUUAUGUAGCAUCCAGAUAAAAGCAAAGCCAACUCCUGCUCCUGUUUGAGCAUGGGCAAUUUUCUCACAGGUGAAUUGUUUCCUGAAUUCAUAGUAAAUCCAAGAAUAAUCCCAGGUUUGGGUUGGAAGGGGCCUUAAAGCCCACCCAGUUCCACCCCUGCCAUGGGCAGGGACACUUUCCACUAUUCCAGGUUGCUCCAAGCCCCGUCCAGCCUGGCCUUGGACACUUCCAGGAAUGGAGCAGCCACAGCUUCUCUGGGCAGCCAACUUGGAAGUGUUUCUGUAGAAUGUGCAAUUCACACAAUUUUGGAGCCAUAAUUUCACUCCUUUCUGGGCAAUACCCGUCCCCCCUUUCUCUGCCAAAAUUCCUGCCUCCAGCCCAACGUUCAGUACCUGUGUGGAAAGAUCACAUAUUGUAUGUGUUUGUUUUCUGGCUUGUUUAGAACUGAGAACAGAACAAGCCAAGCGAAUCCAAGGAAAUCAAACCCGUGGCAGUCCCUGGUCACCCUUGCACUGCUGCAGGAAUCUAUUCCCGUGACUGGUGCAACUCCAACUGCAUCAAAUUCCACUUAAACUCCAUCAAUCAGCAGCAGCCGUGCAGAAAGCACAUUUCCAAAGCUCCUCGGGGGGUGAUGGAGCAUAGCCAGGUCCCCACCUUGGCUCCAGGGGCAGCCAGGGCUGGGCAUUCCUCACCUAUCCAGCCAAGGCUGAGGGCGCAUUCCUUGUGCAGCCAUUCUUCUCUUAGCCUGACAAUCCACCAUGUGGUGCUCUCUCCCAGGGAGGAUCUGAUCCUUACUGCCAGGAGGGAUCUGAUCCUCACUGCCAGGAAGGAUCUGGUCCCGUGGCAGUGGUGUGGCUCCACAGGGGGAGGUGGGGUGUGCAGAACCCCUCCUUGCGGGACCCAGAGCCACCGAGAGGACAAAGCCAUUUAACACAGUAAAUGCACAAUGGUUGAGUCACUUUUCCCUACGUUCCCAUUGCUCCUCUUGAGGAUUGUAUUUGAUUACAGAAUCAGGUUGCAGAUUGUACAUUGUGUCACAAGUAGCAAAGGAUACUUAUUUAUAUAUCUAUCUAUAUAUAUUUUACUGGGUUUUAUUCAUUUCUAAAUAAAUCAUCUCAGAUGCCAGGGUAUGGUGAGGAUUUUAGGUUUUAAAAAGUGGUUUACAGUAACUAAAUUAAACAGAUGCCUUAUUUCUGAGGAUUGCAGGAUUUUUUUGAAAAGAAACAAGCCCCUAUCGCAAGGUCCCUGCAGGAAUCCCAGCAGGAGAUGAGCUGAGGUGGGGAGGGUGUUUCUGUGUAAAGCCAACAUGGCACUGGGACAGGACCAAUCUCUGCAAAAGAAGUUGAUGUUUGAAAGGAGCCUUGAGAUCCCAGGCUUGGGUUGGCAUUCCCAGACCUGAGUGUUAGCCUGACCCCUCCUAACCCUCAGGAAGUGGCUGGUGCCUUUUCGGGGGGUCUCAAGCCAAGAAAGACAAUUCCAAGCAGAAUUCUACAGUACAUGGAAUAUCUGCCUCCAUGCCCACACAGAUCGUCCUACUUGCAAUUAAAUAUAAAACCUCUUUGAAACACAUGGAUAUUUUUUCCAAAGUCACUCAUUGACUUCCCUAUCCCCUCACUGCUGUACAAUAGGCAGGGACAAGCCCACUUUUCCAGAAUUCAUUCCCUAGGGUAACAGCAGAACUUUUCCCAGGAUUAAAACACAGCGACACUUCCUUUUUUUACAUUUGUUUGAUUAGCUUAACCUAAAGUUGACAGAGUCCCUAAUUCUUCCCAGAUCUCAGCUACAGCCUGUAGGGACGAGUGUAUUUAUUUCCGCAUCUGUUCCCCAAAUUAACUCAGAAAAUUAUUAUGAACGAAGGGUUCUUGGUAGUGCCCGGGGAAGCUCUUCUGGAACAUUCCAUCCCAGCGAUCUGCCAGGAUCAUUCCUCACACAACUGUUUCCUCUCCUUUUAUGUUCUACUAAUUGCAAGGGGAAUAUAACACCACUGCAGGGUUCAAAUCUGUUCUGCAGGAGUCCAUGGCAAGACUUCCAUUGACUCCAGUGGAUCCAGAAUUCCGUGAGCUGUUUGUUACGCUGUCAGACAGAGCAGACCUUGUGGCUCCGGGGACAAACUCCCAAACCACCCACUGUGGUGUUAUAUUCCCAAACCCUCUGCUCUGGCAUUGGGAACAUCCUUGAAAGGGGUUUCAUUGGAGAUGUGAACCCAAGGAAGGGUUGGUGUGUCAUCAUGUUUAACACUCACCACAAAGUACCCUCUGGAACCAGGAUUCAAUACCAACUUUCUCCAAUGUACAGCAUUUUAGGAUGCAUGUAGUAUCUUUAGUAGCCACAGAUCUGCCAUUUGGGGGCUGCAGCCCAGUAGGAUGUCCCCGUGUCCCUCGCUUCGAUGUACUCUUGUAUGGGUUAGAGAAGAUGGCCUCUGUCGUGCGUUGUUCGUGAGCUGUUUCUUAUCCCAGAGAGGUGUACGAUGUAAAAUACGUCAGUGCAAAGUGUAUAUUUUAUGUGAGAGGAAAAUACAUUUUAAUAAAGGUAAAGCUUUGUUUAGCUGUAAAAAAUGGCAACUGUUCAAGUGUACAGUAACUUCUUACUAAUGUAUGAAAAUCUGUGAUAUUUUUGAUUUGAUUGUAUUUGUAUUGCCCAAAUAAAACAUUUUGGCUGUAUUGUUCCUAA